GUUCGUCUUCCUUACGCGGAGAGAGGAAUUAUUUUGUAGUCAAACUGUAAAUACCCAAAGAAAGAAUUUCAAGAAAAAAUCAGGUUCUUCCCUUGAUUCUGCGAUUGGGGAAAUUGGAAAAAGUUUGAAGUUUACACAUUUAGAUUUCUAGGUCACGAGUUGUUGAAGAAUCACACAGGAGGAAACUUUUAAAUUUCGUUGUUGAAGUUUCCAGAAUUUAUGAAGGUGUAUACUCUAUUCAACCGGGCCAAUUGAUAGAAGUUUUAUAAUUAGCCACAAACCUAACUUACUCCUUCUAGUUUUCCAUACGAUCUUAAAAUGGUGCCUCUUUCUGAUCUUUUCCCAUCCUUUGAUCACUGUGCUCGUUUCUUUUCAAAAUGCAUUCAACACAAACACUUAAGGGUUGGCAUGUCCUUGCAUUCCCACCUUAUCAAAACUGCACUUUCGUUUGACCUCUUCCUUGCAAACCGUCUUAUUGACAUGUAUUCCAAAUGUAAUUCUAUGGAAAAUGCACAGAAGGCAUUUGAUGAUUCACCCAUUAGAAAUAUUCAUUCGUGGAAUACCAUUCUUGCAUCUUACUCACGUGCUGGAUCUUUUAGUCAAGCUCGUAAAGUCUUUGAUGAAAUGCCUCAUCCAAAUAUUGUUAGCUACAAUACCUUGAUUUCUAGCUUUACUCACCAUGGGCUGUAUGGAGAAUCAAUGAAUAUCUUUCGACAAAUGCAACGAGAUUUCGAUCUUUUAGCCUUGGACGAGAUUACUCUUGUGAGUAUAGUAGGUGCUUGUGCCUGUUUGGGUGCUUUGGAGUUGUUGCGUCAGGUUCAUGGAGCAGCUAUUGUCAUUGGAUUAGAGUUUAAUUUGAUUGUUUGCAAUGCUAUAGUUGAUGCUUAUGGUAAAUGUGGCGAUCCAGAUGCGUCAUAUUCUAUUUUCAGUAGAAUGAAGGAGAGAGAUGUUGUUACCUGGACCUCCAUGGUUGUAGCUUAUAAUCAGACAUCCAGGAAGAUUGCUGUACUGGAGGUAAAAGAGCUGAUGACGUUCUGUUCUUAGUCUAGACGGCAAAAUUUGUAGAUGUGAGGUCUGAUCAAGCUCUAAGAGUUAGUUUGCAGAGAUGAAAUUCAGAAGUAAUUUUCUUGUAAGAGGGCAUCAUCUUUUCUUUGUCGUGGUUGCUCUUGUAUUUGCUGUCUUGGUGUUGUGGGCUUGGGAGAAUCCUUUCCUUACCGCUUCUCAGUCAGUUCAAGCAUGGUAUAGAAAUUCUUAUGCAGGUUCCACAAAAAGUUUUGUAUUACCUAACACAAUAAGGGAGAACGCUGAAAAAACAUAUUCAAAUUCAAGUAUAAAAGAAAAGAUAGUACAAGAUGAUGCAAAUUCAGAAGUUACACCCACAGAUUCUGCAUCCUCAAUAGUUCUUGAGAGGAGCAAGAGUAAUCAGAAUAGUUCCACAAACAGUUCUGUAUUGCCUAACACAACAAAGGAGAAUUCUGAAAAAACGUAUUCAAAUUCAAGUACAAAAGAAGGGACAGUAAAAGAUGAUGCAAACUCAGAAGUUAAACUUACAGAUUCUGCAUCCACAAUAACUUUUAACAGGAGCAAGAGUAAUCAGAAUGCCUGUAGCUAUGGAAAUGGUGGAUGGGUCCUCGACAAUAGUCGACCGCUAUACUCUGGUUUUGGAUGUAAGCGAUGGUUAUCAGCAAUGUGGUCAUGUAGACUGACCCAACGGACAGAUUUUUCCUAUGAAAAAUAUCGUUGGGUUCCCAAAGAUUGUGAAUUGCCAGCAUUUGAGCGGUCUGCAUUCCUGAAAAGAAUGCAGGACAAAACCAUCGCAUUCAUUGGGGAUUCAUUAGGCAGGCAGCAAUUUCAGUCUUUGAUGUGUAUGGUCACUGGUGGGGAAGAAAGUCCCGAGGUUCAAGAUGUAGGAAAGGAAUAUGGUCUUGUCAAAGCCAAGGGCGCAAUUCGUCCUGAUGGCUGGGCAUAUCGUUUCCCAAAUACCAAUACUACCAUUUUAUACUAUUGGUCAUCAAGCCUCAGCGAUUUAUUGCCUUUGAACACAUCAGACCCAGCCACCGAUGUAGCAAUGCAUCUUGACCGUCCGCCAGCAUUUCUGAGAAAAUUCCUUCAUCUAUUUGAUGUGUUGGUUCUUAAUACAGGACAUCAUUGGAACAGGGGAAAAAUGAGACAAAAUAGAUGGGUAAUGUACACUGAUGGAGUUCGUAGUGAACUCGGGAACUUAAAAGAAAUAGGCAUAGCUAAAAAUUUUACGGUGCACAGUAUCGUGAAAUGGCUCGAUUCACAACUCCCUUCCCAUCCUCAACUCAAGGUUUUUUUCAGGACCAUAUCACCUCGGCAUUUCCGCAACGGGGAAUGGAAUACUGGAGGUAGCUGUGACAACACGACACCGUUAUCUGGAGGAAGCAGAGUAGAGCAGAAUGGAUCAAGUGAUCCAGUUGUUGAGAAUGCUGUAAGAGGUACACAAGUAAAGAUGUUGGAUAUAACUGCUCUUUCCUAUCUAAGAGAUGAAGCUCACAAAUCCAAUUACACUAUCAAAGUAGCAUCGAGCGGUAGCGAUUGCUUGCAUUGGUGUCUCCCUGGUAUACCGGAUACGUGGAACGAGAUUCUUACUGCACAAAUAUAGAUUCUUUUGUCUUAAAGAUUUCAAAUCCUCUCUUGUGUAAUCCUGGAAGACUCAUCUUUCUAAUUUUUGCUGCCUAUAGUUGUACUAAUUGGUUCAGGGGAAGAUGAUCACUGAGGAGAUGGCAUUGGUUGCUACUGAAUUAAAUUAUAUGGUGGGUAUUUCUCUUGCCUGCGUGUCAUUUUUCUUUUAGAAAGAGUCAAUUUAUACUUGUAAACAUACGUUAUGGACAAAUAAUUGUAUCAACUCUAAAAUUUUAUAAGUAUAUUUUAUUUAACAAA